AUUAGACAAAAGGGACCGAAGGUUUGGUUGGAGAAUAGAUUCUCCCUAUAGCUGAGUUUGACUUUGAUUCUCUCUCAGCGGCGGUUUGCUCGAUCGAAGAAGAAGAAGAAGAAAUUCAUGAAGGUUUGAAGCGUUUCAAAGGAGCUAAUUCCUGGCCUUGUAUCGAGUAGACGAGAAUCCAGUAUGGCCGAUGAAGACAGGACUUUAGUCGAAAUCUUGGAAGAGCACAGCCCAAUAGACGUAGCAAAGUACAUGAAGUAUGUUGGUUCUCCACAAGCCGGUGCAAUUGCAACGUUCUCGGGCACGACACGGGACAUGUUUGAGGGCAAGACUGUCCUGGAGUUGAGGUACGAAGCCUACGUGCCGAUGGCCAUAAGACAAAUCAAGAAUCUUUGUGAAUCAGCAAGGUCUUCCUGGAAUCUGAUCUCCAUGGCUGUUGCUCACCGCCUAGGGCCAGUCCCAGUGAGAGAGACGAGCGUCUUCGUCGCAGUAUCUUCUGUUCACCGAGUUGAUUCUCUCGAGGCAUGUAAGUUUCUGAUUGAUGAGCUAAAGGCAUCUGUUCCAAUAUGGAAGAAGGAGGUUUAUACCAAUGGGGAAAUCUGGAAAGAGAACUCAGAGUUCCUUCAGAGGAGACCAGAGCUCGGGAAUGGGAAUGCGAACGGGAGCGGGAAUUGCAAGGAGAGAAUAGAGGAGGCAGGACAUCACAGGAAGGGAUGCUGUGGGGCUAAGGUAAGGAUAGAAGAAGAUGAAGCACCAGUGAAGGAGAAAUAAGGGGGAAAUUGGUGGGGUUAUUAUCACAUAGUAUUUUCUGUUGUUUUCACAACCUGACAUUGCUUGAGAAUGAUUUUUUUUCUUUUUUUGAUGAAUACAAAAAUGAAUGCAUUGCUGGCUCUCUUUCUAUU